UUCCAGUUGUGGGGAAAGCGCAGAAUUGAUGUCAUUUCUCAGUUGUCUGGUGCAUCAGCCGGCAAAAGCCUAGAAACCGGGCAGGGAAACGAAAGCCUUCUUUCAGGUCAUCCCGAGAGAGCUUUGGGCCAAACAAGGAAUAAGUUGUAGGACUGGAGGGAUGGGAGGAGGAAACUUCUGCCCUUUCCUCUGCUCUUCCCCUUAGACGAGGUAGAGCUACGCUCUCUGUUGCCUCUCAUCGAGUACCUGGUCUUUCGGCGUACAGAUGGCAUGGCGUAGACUUUUACGCGUAGUCUGUGAAUAUGUUUGAGUAUCGAUGUGAAUGCUGGAGAUUUGCAUAGUUCAACUCGGACGUCUGACUUGCAUAUCCCUUAAAAAUAGGACUCCCCACUGCUGCAGAAGAAACUGGACUAAUAACUUCAGUUCUCUAAAACAUAUUUCAGUGUAACAACAGAUUGAAUGGAUGCCUAUCUUCGUGUUUGUGAGAUGAAGAAAUUCCAAGAGCAUACAAGCGACACUUUCCUGAACUGAGGAAUUUAACUAUAAAGGCAUGUUUCUGUAGGAGACUACAAGCAGCAUAACAAAAAGUACUCAUGGGUAAGAGGAAAGAGGAAAGCAUUUCACAGCCUGGGUCCCACAAAAGACGGAGACAAGAAUACGCGGGUGAACCUAGUGAUGAGUCCAACGAAGAGGAAAAUUCGCAGUUGUUGGCUGAUAGUAAUUUCUCUUCCCCAUCGACUGUAGGGGAAGUUGGGAUAAUUGAAAGUAUCCAGCUGAAGAACUUUAUGUGCCAUUCAAUGUUGGGGCCUUUUCAGUUUGGAUCAAAUCUCAAUUUUGUGGUUGGAAACAACGGAAGUGGAAAGAGUUCUGUAUUAACAGCUCUUAUUGUUGGACUCGGUGGAAAAGCUACUGCAACUAAUAGAGGUUCCUCUUUAAAAGUGUUUGUAAAAGAUGGAGAGUCUUCUGCAGAUAUUUCAAUAACGUUGCAAAACCAAGGUAGAGAUGCAUUUAAACGAGAAGUGUAUGGUGACUCUAUUAUUGUGAAUCAGCACAUUAAUCUCGAUGGAAGCAGAAGUUACAGACUGAAAAGCAAAUCGGGGAACUUAAUUUCUUCCAAGAAAGAGGAACUUGUAGCAAUACUGGAUCAUUUUAAUAUACAGGUAGAUAAUCCUGUGUCUGUUUUGACCCAAGAGAUGAGUAAACACUUCUUACAGUCUAAAAAUGAAGGUGACAAGUACAAGUUUUUUAUGAAGGCAACUCAGCUGGAACAAAUGAAAGAAGAUUAUUCAUAUAUUAUGAAAACAAAAGAAAAUACACGUCUUCAGAUAGAGCAAGGAGUAGAGCGUCUUCGAGAACUUAAGCUUCAUUAUUGCGAGAAAAAGGAACGUUACAAAAGCAUUGGGUUUGUGAAUGAAAUGCGAAAGCAUCUCGAAGAUUUGAAACAUAAAAUGGCAUGGGCAGUGGUGAGUGAAAUGGAAAGAGAAAUACAGCCAAUCAGAGAAUGCAUCAGAGUUGAAGAAGAACGUACAGCAAAGUUCCUUCAAAAGCUAGAAGAAUGUCAGGUAAAAGUAAAUGAAGCAGAAGAAAAGUACAAAACGAUACAAGACAAGUUAGUAAAGAUAAGUGAAGAAGCACAAGCCCUACAUCCGCAGUGUAUUUCUUCAAAAAAUGAUGUGCAGGCAGGAAGAAAAGCAUUCAAUGAAGCUGAGGCCCUUUAUAAUCGUUUCAGAACUGAGUUAAAACGUCUGGGUAGAGAUGAUGAACAGCUGUGUAAACGAAUUGAAGAACUGAAAAACAGUGCUAAUCAGGUUUCGGAGCCUGAAAAGUUGGAAAGACAAAGGAAAAUUGCACAGUUAAAAGAGCAUUUAAAGGUGUUCCAUGAUCAAGAAAUAAUGAUUGGUCAACAGAUGGAUCAGUUUCAGCAGGCCAUAUACAAGUACAAGGAAGAACAGGCUACACUGAGGAAAGAAGAACAUGAUGUGAAACAAGCACUGGAUGCCAAGCUGAAACAGCUGAGAGAGCUGAAAGAUAGUAAAACAAAUACCUUGAAAAGAUUUGGACCACAUGUGCCAUCAUUUCUUGAAGCAGUUGAAAUGGCCUAUAGGCAAGGGCGCUUUAAAUACAAACCUGUCGGACCUUUAGGUGCUUUCAUUCAUCUGAAAGAUCCUGAACUUACUUUGGCUGUUGAAUCUUGUUUAAAGAGCCUAGUUCAGGCAUUUUGCUGUGAUAAUCAUAAUGAUGAAAGAAAUCUUCAGAUACUGAUGUCAAAAUAUUAUCCACAUGGGUUUCGACCGCAAAUAAUUGUAAAUAAAUUUCAGGAUAAAGUUUAUGAUGUUAGACACAGAGGAGUUCAUCAUCCAGAAUUCCCGUCGGUUCUCACAGCAUUGGAAAUAGAUGAUGCAGUGGUUGCCAAUUGUUUGAUCGACAUAAGGAGCAUUGAAACAGUCCUGCUAAUUAAAAGUAGCUGUAAAGCCCGUGAAGUAAUGCGGAGGCCCCCCAAAAAUUGUAGAGAAGCUUUCACUGCUGAAGGCGAUCAGGUAUUUGAAAGACGAUAUUACUCCUCUGACUACCUCAGACCCAAGUACCUGAGCAAGGAUGUUGAAGCAGAAAUAAGUCACUUGGAGAAAGAAAUUGAAAACAAAAAGGCACAGUUGACAACAUCUCAGCAACGUCUGCAUUGCAUUGAGAGUGAGAUCAGGCAGAAUGAAGAUCAUCUUCAUCGUCAUCGACGACACCAAAAAGAAUUACAGAUAAAAAUAAGAACAACAAAUGCAGAAAUAUCAGAUCUUGAAAAUACAGAAGAACACCAUUCAGUGGACAUCCGCACAUUAGAAGAUGAAGCUGAAGAAAACAAGAAUAAGAUGGAGUCUGUAAAGCAGGACAUGCUGCAACAAAGUGGGAAAAUGGAAGAGCUGAAAAAUAUUCUACAGGCAGCUGAAAAAAGAUUUGAAGAAAUGAAAGAAAAAAUUCACCAAGUAGAAGAAAUUGCUGGUCCUGUUAAGGAUGAAUUAAACCAAGCUGACUCAGAAGUAGAAAAUAGUAAACGCCGUUUGCAGCAUUAUGAAGACAAAAAGAAAGAACACUUGGCUUGUAUACAAAGACGUAAAGAAUUACUAGCUGCCAAAGAAAAAGAAUUAGAGGAAAAAAUUGCACAGGCUAGGCAAAUAUACUCGGAGCGCAUUGAAGUUAGCAGAACUGUUAAGAGUCUUGAUGCAGAAAUGAAUCGCUUGAGAGAGAGGAUAAACUCAGAAAAAGAUCGCCAUGGAAACAGAGAAGAAAUCAUACAGCAAUUUUUUGAUGCAAAGGAAAAAUAUGAAGAUGCAAACAGUAAAGUAAAGAAUUUAAAGAAGUUUAUUAAGCUGCUGGAAGAAAUAAUGACACAAAGAUUCAAAAUAUAUCGUCAGUUCUUAAGGCUCCUUUCUUUACGAUGCAAGCUCUACUUUGACCAUUUAUUACGUAUUCGAGCUUAUUGUGGAAAAAUACUUUUUGAUCAUAAGAAUGAGACACUUUCAAUAACAGUCCAGCCUGGAGAGGGAGACAAAGCUUCCCUUAAUGAUGUGAGAUCGUUGUCAGGAGGUGAACGUUCCUUCUCAACAGUUUGUUUCAUUCUUUCUCUGUGGUCCAUUACUGAAUCUCCUUUCAGAUGCUUGGAUGAAUUUGAUGUCUACAUGGAUAUGGUUAACAGAAGAAUUGCAAUGGAUAUGAUGCUCAAGGUGGCUGACUCUCAGCGUCAUCGACAGUUCAUUUUGCUCACCCCACAAAGUAUGAGUUCUCUACCUACAAGUACCCUUAUUCGAAUCCUCCGACUGCAAGACCCUGAAAGAGGCCAAACAACACUGAAUUUCCGAAAUAGGAAUGAAGAGGAGGAAAAUCAAUAAGUAUAUCUGUGUAUGAAUGUAACAGUUUUGAGGAUUGUUACAGUAUAAAUGUGUAUUGAUGUAUACAAGGUUAUUACUUCCUGUUGCUGGAUAGGAGGACCUUUCAUUAGAUACCUGCAGGAAAAGAAAAGGUUCUUUUAUAUAUAUAUAAAUAUUUUUUUUUUUAGAACUACUGUAUGUGUUUGUACAGACAAAGGAUUUAAGCACAAUGUGUAAACUUAAUACACAGUUUUGAUGAUGGGAAAAUCCUAACUGUUCAGCUGAUGGAUAUUUUUAACUCCUAAUUAUUAGAUCUUUUAAUCAAUUGUUCUGUUUUUUCCUAAAAAUAUGAAAUAUAUUUUGUAUAACUGUGACGUAAUAUUUUAAUAAACUCUGAGAACUGACACUUGUAGUAAUGCUUUAGUGUCCCUACACACUUAAAAACUGAUCUUAAGGUAUGUCUUCCUAACUCUUGCUUUAUUUGUUGAACAUACGCUAAUUAACAUGUGCAGUAAAUGUGUUUUCAUUUUUCCCAUGGAACUACAGCUGCUGAACACAAAUAAUUUUUACUUACAGUGUAUACUUGCAUUAUUAGAAAAGUGAAAAUUCCCUUGCAGUAUGUUCCCUGGGUAGGGGAGAAUGUCUUGUCUUCCUUCCUAAAGAGUUUGUAGAGAAGAGUUUGAGUGUCUUUGGACAUGAGCUUACAAAAACUAUAGCGAAUCAUGUUGGUUUUUUUUUUUAAUAUAAACUAAAAUAAAUGAAAGUGACAAAAGUCCUUAUUGAAGUAGAGAUGUUCAAUAUAUAGGAAUGGAGUAGAAUAGAAUUUUGAGAAAUGAUACAGUAAGUUUUUUUAUAGCAUUGAAGGCUUUCUGUUUUUGUUCCGGGGCUAAACCACAGUAAAGGCAGUUAAAAUAAGAGUGACCUUUGCAUUUAUUAAAAAAUGCAAACAUUUAUCGGGGAUGGAGGGAGAAAGAAAAAGUAGGUCUUUCAAAUUGCUCCAUAUUAACUUUCUUCUCUCCUGUUCUUCUCCCUCCAGGAACUUGAAAUUGUUGGGAGCUCUUCAAAAACAAUCAGUUUAAAGUUCAGCCAUUAGGCAUACAUUUUCUUGACAUUACAGGGUCUCAGGAACAAUUAAGACUUUUCAGAGAACAGUUCUAAAAUUGCUACAGUUAUUUACCAAAUAGCAGUUCCUCAAUAAAAUUUCUUUACAGUUCAAAUUCUAAAUUGUCGUGAUAGCUACUUUUUUUUUUGCCAUUGCAUGGUGAUAUGUGUUAACAUUUAGUUUUUACACAAGCAUGUAUUAAGUUUGUAGGUGUUUUUAAGAUACAGAAGUUAGUGAAGAAUUGAAAGAAAUACAGUAGCACUGCCGUAGAUUCCUUACUGUAUUCUAACUUUAGGAAUUGCAUCUAGUGACUUUUUUAAAGACUUCAGAAGUUUACUUCCGAAAGGCUAGAGUAAUGGCCAACAAACUCAUAGCAGCCUCCCCGUGUCUGAGAAGAGGUUACUUGGAAAAUAGAGCCAGGUUUUUUACUGAAGCACGUGGCAGGAGAACAAGAGACAGUGGUCAUAAAAUGAAGUGGGUAAGUUUUGAAAGGAUGGAGGGGAGGGAGGAAGAAGAGUUCAUGAUGAGUAUCGUAAAUAUCAGAGCAGUUUGCCUGCAGAGGCUGUAGAAUCUGUCCUUGGAGGAUUCAGGGUUGCUCCUGCUUUGAGCAGGAGGUUGGACUAGAGACCUCCGGAAGUCUCUACCAAACUAAACAAUUCUGUACUCCUAUGGUUUUUGUGAAGUAUAUACUAAAGAAACUUGCAAAUUUUUUAGGGUUAUGUGAAGUAUUGGGGUGGGGAGGGAACAUGCAAACUGCAUACUUUGCAAAACUUUUCUGGAAUGCAAAAUUCAAUUUAGCUUGUUUUUCUGGGUACUGUUACAUGAUCUUCAACCACAUUUUAAGUUUGGUAAAACUAGAAUAUGAAUUUACCAUAUAUGAAUUUAUACAAUGAUGUAGUAUCAGUUUCUCCUAUUUUGUUCAGCAUCCAAGAAAUUAAAGCAAGAGUGCAGAGGCAGGGGAGAGAAAAGUGUUUUUAUCUCCAUUAGUACUUUCAUAGUUGUGUGGAGAAAAGAAGGAAAAAUCACUUUCCUACUGGACUAACACUUUAACUUUCUCCCAAGCUUUCCACAGACUGCUGGAAUAAGUCCUACUUGAAAUAUUGGAGCAGUUAGCAGCACUUCUGAUCUUUUAGUCUGAUCCCAAAUCAUAUGAUGUAUUUAUUCUAAUCUAUCACUGUACUUAAUGAAAAUGUGUGCCUGACUGUGAUUAUGAUAAGCAACUGUUUUCAUGGUAGAGGAUUACUUCUGAAUAAACAGUUACUGAAGCAGUUGCUUGGAUACAUUUAUUUUUGCAGUGAUUCUACUAAGGUCUCAAAGCUGUCCUAUUCUUGGUACUUUAGAUAAGGAGUUUGUUUAUACCAGCUACCUAGACAGAAACAGUUGUGAUCAUGAUGUUACAUUUGUGACUGUUGACCAUUUAAGAUGGCAGUGGAUUGCUUAAUGUUGCAUUAAGGUAUUUAGAGGUAUUUAACUUUGAGGAAAUGUAGAAAGAUGUACUGCUUCUCUAAUAAGCAUGUGUAAGUGAAUCACAGAAUAGCGUUGGAAGGGACCUACGGAGAUCAUCUAGUCCAACACCCCUG